UUCUUGUCCCUAUUUUGGACUACUCGCUGCCAAGGCCAGUGCGCAUUCAUAGCGCUUAACUAUAAACACAUAAUUCUUGGACCGUACGACUUUUCCUCAGUUCACGUACAAUGGGACUGGGGCGAGUCCUCUCUGAGUCUUUGUCCUCUCUUUGUCUAGUUGUAACAUUAUUGUACAGCAGUGAGAACGUCGUUGGUCUUCGCAUUUUCUUAUACUAUCGUCACGACUACAAAUGGGCAAGACUUGUGGUGCGGUAUACAAUCCCCCAAUCAAGGUUUCCAAUAUCUCCGACAUCAUCUCUGCCUUUACUACACUUCAACUACAGCCCAGCUGUUUGGCCUUACAUUCUGAGUAAAGAUGGACUUACGACGCUCCUUCUCGACCCUGAGAUUACACUGGUGACGAAACCAUCCUCAUUCUAUGAAAUUUGUUGGCGAACCGGCUCUUUCCCGGGGACCAAUCAUACUCACAGGCGGCAAAUACUUGAGCUCAACCGAUGAACGAUAUGCACAUUCAACACCUUCGCAACACAUGAUACAUGAUAACCUUGAAGGCCUGGAACCAAAUGGGUGGGCAACGGGAGCCUUUCUUCCCUACCUUAAUACUGGCUGUAGCGAGUAUGAAGUGUCCAUGCGACUGGAACGCUUCUAGCGAAAAGGGCUCAAUCAAGUAUGAGCAUAUAGUUCCAGAUGGCUUUUUUAC